AAUCACAUACCUCACUACGUGCUACUAGUGCGUGCCUACUUGUAUACUCAAAGUGCCUACUAUCGAAAUAACGACAAGGUCAUUUUCAUAGACGAAAUAAUAUUCGGCUUCGCACUUCAUAGUACUUUUGGCGAUAACAGUGCAGGCUGUGUGCUUCUUUGUAUGUAAAAAUGAGUGAAUUUUUAGUUAAACGUUGCUUUAUCCUAGCAAGUCCAAUUCGAAGUAUUAUGAGAUAUUCGACGUUAGCAAACAAGCCCUUAGAAUCAAUACCUGGUCUAUCCUCCUUGCCCGUGAUAGGCGCCAUUCAUCAUUUCUUACCAGGAAUUGGAUCACUGGGACUUAGUGGGAAUUUUUCCGAAUUAUCGCAACUUUUGUUUGAGAAGUAUGGAUCAAUAGUUAAACUAGACGGUGUAUUUGCAAGAGCGUGCAUGGUAUUUCUGUACGAACCAGAUCACUUCGACCAGGUUUAUAGAUCCGAAGAUUUGGUAGCGCCAUCUCGACCUGGAUUCGAAACUCUGGUUUAUUACAGGACUACAUUGAGAAAGUCUACCUAUGACGGUGUUUAUGGAUUAACCACUGCGCAAGAUAUGCAAUGGCGUGAUUUCCGAACAAAAGUCAAUCCAGCAUUGUUGAAACCGAAAUUGGUCAAACUUUAUACGCCGGUGUUAGAAGAAAUUGCAGAUGAUAUGGUGGCAAGAUUACAGAGUCUUAAUAAUGACGCCUACCUGCAGGAGAACUUAGACUUGGAAAUUACGAAGUGGUCCUUAGAAUCUAUAGCAGUGAUCGCCCUUGGAACGAGACUAGGAUGUUUGGAGGACAACCUCACGGAAGAUCACCCAGCGCGGGUCCUUAUAAAAUGUGCUCAAGACGUUAUAAAUCUUUCAUUUAAAUUGGAAUUCAUGCCGAGCCUUUGGAAAUAUUAUCCUACUUCAAAUUAUAAAAAAAUAAUCAAAACUUUUGAUUUACAGUGGGACACAAGUGUUAAAUUCAUUGAGGAAGCAAGAAAAAUAAUAAAAGAUAGAGCCCAUGAGCUCCCUGAAGAGGACAAAAGUAUAAUUGAAAAGUUAUUAGCCAUUGAUGAGAAAGUUGCUACUGUAAUGGCAAAUGAGAUGCUCUUUGCAGGGAUUGACACGGUCGCAUUCACAACAGUUGCCCUUUUGUACAACUUGGCAAUAAAUCCCAAAGUUCAAGAUAAAGUACGGCAAGAAAUACGCUCAUCGGAACCAAACAAACGAUAUCUAAAAGCGUGUCUCAAAGAAUCGCUUAGAUUAUACCCAGUAAUACCGGCGAACUUGCGGAGAACCACAAAGGACCAUUUUGUUGGUGGAUAUCAUAUACCCAAAGGAGUUGACGUUAUAGCCCCAAAUGAGUUUCUAUCAAGAUUGGACAAAUAUUAUCCUCAAGCACUAGAAUUCAUUCCCGAGAGAUGGCUGGUUGAUAAGUCUGAUCCCCUUUACUAUGGUAACAGUCAUCCUAUGGUCACAUUGCCAUUUGGGUUUGGUGUAAGGUCUUGCAUUGGAAGACGAAUUGCAGAGUUGGAGAUUGAAGUAUUUAUGAAGAGGUUGCUAAAUGACGUUAAAGUCACAUGGGAAGGGCCACCGGUCCAAGUAAUUUCAAGAGUAAUGAAUGCAUUUAAAAAACCUUAUCAUUUUAAAUUUGAAACUGCAACAUAAUUAUCACAUUACCACCAAAGCCUUUCCUUAAUAGUAAUCUGCACUCACUAGAUCUUUAACAAUAUCUGUGCGAAAGUUCAUGUUAAUCAGUUGAUCUGAUACUGCUGAGAUUAAAAGGAAAAGGCAUGAAAAUGGAUCCUUUACUCAGCUACGACGCGAUUGAAGGACAAACACACUUUAGCAUUUAUAAUACGGGUAAUAAUUUUAUUCAAGCGGAAACCUUCCAGUGACAAGGCUGGAGGUUUAUUAAUAAGUGAAAUUUUAUAUAUGAUUUUUAUGCAUUUACUGUUUUGAAUUUAAGGAAAAUAUAAUAUAAUAUGAAGAUUAUUAAACUAACUUGCAUCUGUUUUAUAAAAAUAAACCCUUGGCUUUUUAUUUAUAUCUCCCAAAUGUUUGAAUUACUUCUCC